CGGCGCACAGUAUACUCCAAUUUCACGAGCUACACCGCUCGUAUAAAAGCUGAGGUUGCCGAUCUGAAAAAUCAUUCCCGCCUCACACAUCUUCCGAGGAUCACCGAAAAAGCUGUAUAAAAAAUGAAAUCGUUCGUCGCCCUGUCCGCCCUGCUCGCCGUCGCCUGCGCAGCGCCCCAGUUCCAGCAACAGUACCAACAGAGCCAGGUGAUCCCGAUCGUCAGGCAGAGCCAGGAGGUCAACUUUGAUGGAUCCUACCAGUACAGCUAUGAGACCGGCAACGGCAUCGCAGCACAAGAGCAGGGCUACCUGAAGAACGCGGGAGUCAAGGACGCCGAGGCGCAGGUCGCGCAGGGCUCUUACAGCUACACGUCCCCUGAGGGCAUCCCCAUCACCGUCACAUACGUCGCUGACGAGAACGGUUUCCGUGCCGAGGGUGCCCAUCUGCCCACCCCUCCCCCGAUCCCGGAGGCCAUCCUCCGCUCCCUCCAGCUGAUCCAGCAGACGCAGCCGCAGCAGCAGUUCCAGCAGCAGCCCUUCCAGCAGAACUUCCGAGGCUAACUCCGACCGACCCGAUACUCAUACGCGUGUACCUAGAGCAUACUCAUGUAAUUUAAAUGUAGGAGUUUUACUGUGAUUUAUUUUUUAUGUAAUGAAUUUUAUAUAUUAAAUGAAAUAAAUAAUA